AUGACUGUCCAUAUCCCCCUCGAGAUCGUCAUAAAAAUUUUUACUCUCGCCACUCGUAGAAGAAAUGAUGCAGCAUCCUGGAUUCGGCUUUCUAGACAGACCUACACCCUAUUCGAACGAUUACUGUAUACUAAGGUCGUCUUGCUAAAUGAAAACAUUGCAUCCACAUUCGUGAAAUGCUAUCGCCUUCGGCAGGCGCACAUCGAGGCUCUCCCACCGACCACAGCUAUGUUGAUGGGCGAUGGUAUCAAGUACAACACCAUAAUCGACGUCUUAUCGCUUUGCAAAGACAUCACAAAUCUUUGCAUAGUAUCACGAGACUCUGACAACAUCCUUCCUGAUCUAACAUCUAUCAACCACAUCCUGGACACCCUCCCACUCACAGCACUUUCCUUGAUCAUCAAUUCAUCGCUCACUAGAUCUUCCAUGGUGAUGGCGAACACAUUCGCUAAACUGACGCAUCUCGAGAUCGACGAUGAAGGACUGCUUUGUCGUCUUGACAUGAGCGCCUUCCACCAGUUGACCCACCUUGCGCUGUGGACUGACUUGUCCGACCGACGUCUGUACCUCCCCAGGCUGGUCAAUCGUCUUCUCCAACUCGCAACGCUGAAAGUGCUUGUUUUCCGUGCAAAGGGUCACCGCUCAUGUGCACGGAGCAUGGAAUACCAUGGAAUCUUAGAUCGUCGCAUCGUCAUCGCACCAUCAAAGGUGUUCGCAUGGGAUCAUUUCGGGCAAGGCUCCAUGUUACUUUGGGAGCUCGCCGACGAAACGACAAACAUUCCUGGCCCUAACCACAGAAAGCACCGAUGCUUCUCAAACAGCACGUUUGAAAAUCGAUUCAGGGAUUUGAUGGCUGUUCCUCGGGUACGUCAACGCGAUGUAGACCGUGAGCUCGUCCAUACUUUGCUGUUCACGAGGCCGGGUAUACCACCAGAAACGAUUUGGAUCCGCAAUGAUUCCAGUGACGACUCAAGAGAGGAGGAGAUCACUGACGAUGACAAGGAGGAGGAUUCCACAGAUGAGGUCAUAGACGAAAAUUCCCCCAGCGAUGACGCAGAGGACGGGUAA